AUGGUGAAGGAUACCUCAUUGUCGAAGCGUCAACUGGUGGAGGUCCUGCAUACAGCCAAGACUAAUAGGGAGAAAAAUCGUGCUGCAAAACUACUGAAAAAGUUCGAUCCUCAGCCACACUUCGAAUAUGAUGAAGAGGCUACUAAACAGAACAUCAGGCUGAAGAAGUCGGAUAGGCUUUUACAUUACAUGUGUUAUCGAUGCGAUCGAGUGAGGCAGUGCCUAGCUAAGGGCUCCUUCACGACGAGCAAAGGAGUGAAGACUAUCUGUCCGGGUUGUUACAAUAACCUUUUAUCCCAGGCAGAGGUAUCACAACUUCGUGCGCAUCAUCAGAAGUUAGGGCUCACGCCGAAGGUGCUGUAA